AUGGCGACUGAAUUCCUCGCCGAGAAUAAUGUGUGCGGUCAAACGAUUCUGCAAAUCGUCGCGGAAGGAAAUACCAUCAUAUGUGAACUGUUGCGGCUGAAGGAUUAUGUACCGGAGAUAUUCUACUUGAAAACGAAGGAAGAGCAGCAAAAGUAUGGUGAAAUCAUCAAAGACUUUGGUUACUUUCAAAUUGCCGAUACGCAGGAAGCGAAGAUCGAAGCGGACGAAAGGUUGCGGCUGAUCGACGAAGAGCUGCGGGAAAACUAUAUCGUUACGCUAAAUCGGUUCUACAUCGUGUUUGAAAGCAUCCACAAGUAUGUGAAGGAUCUGAACACGUUCAUCGAAGAGCUGAACGCGGGCCUCUUCAUUCAGCAGUCCAUGGAGAAGGUGUUUCAGGAUGCGGAAGGCAAACAGCUGAUGUGUGAGGCACUGUAUCUGUACGGUAUGAUGCUGCUGGUAGCCGAUCUGCACAUCCCUGGGAUUGUGCGGGAACGCAUACUGGUGUCCUACAAUCGGUACAGUGCGCUGAAAACGCACACCGAUAGUAGUAUUGAUGAGGUGUGCAAAUUGCUUCGUUCAACCGGCUUUAACGAUGGUGCGGCCAGUAACAACGGUGGCGGGAUGAUGGGCCGUAAGCUGGUCAGCUAUCCGGAAGAUUUCUUUGCCCGCGUUCCCAUUAGCCCGCUGUACAUCGACAUGGUAAUUGGCCGGCUGCGGUCCGAUGAUGUGUACAAUCAAAUCGCCGUUUAUCCGCUACCGGAACAACACUCAACGGCACUUGCGAACCAGGCCGGAAUGCUGUACGUGUGUCUUUUCUUUUCACCCAAAACGCUGCACAAUCAGCCGGCACGGAUGCGUGAAAUUGUGGACAAGUUCUUCUCAAACAAUUGGAUCGUGUCGCUGUACAUGGGCAUCACGGUUAAUUUGAUUAGUGCUUGGGAACCAUUUAAAGCCGCCAAAACGGCACUCACAAACACGCUGGACACUGCCAAUCUCAAGGAAAUAUGUCACCGGCAGAAACAUUCGAUGGAAACACUACUAACCCGCACCCGGCACAUUCUGCGCGAGGGCAACCUGACCGAGCAGAAUUUACUCGAUCAUAUGCCGAAAGUAAUGGCCCUAGUGCGUGACUGUAACAUAACUGUACGAUGGAUUAUGUUGCACACGACCAGUGUUAGCUCCAGUUUGCUCGAUACCGCUUCAACCGUCGCAUCAAAGCGAUGCCGGCAGGUGCGGGAACUGGUCGAGCAGGAGAUCGAAUUUCGUGGGGUGGUAUUUUUCGAGCUACUGCUCAACACAAGCCAGCUUGAACUGAAGGUGCGCGAAAUGUUGAAACGAUUGCUCGAGGAACGGGAUGAGCGGUGGGCUGACUAUCGCCGGGAAGCGACCGAUCGUAUGCAAGAUCUAGCGGAUGCAUUUUCCGGAGCCAAACCGUUUGUAAAAACACGCAAAAACGAGAGCUUAAGCCGAUGCUUUGCCAACAUACGGAAAGAGAUCGAUGGACUGAGCCGGGAGGAGGUACAGCUAAGCCAAACUGGACGUACGAUCAUUCAGUUGCUGCAAGCACUGGAGGAGGUGCAAGAUUUUCACGGGCUAAGUCGAAAUAUGCAGGUGAAGCAGCAUAUCGUUGAAACGCGCCAAUAUCUGCACGAAAUGUUCCACACGAUUAGCAUUAAAGAGAAUGAUCUGAUUAAUUUGCAACUAAUAGGAGAUUUUAGCUAUGCGUGGCGACUGAUCGACGGGUACACCGGUAUGAUGCAGGAAAACAUUCGCCACCAGCCGCGGCUUGUGAUAAAACUACGUUCAACGUUUUUGAAGCUUGCGUCGGCAUUAGAAAUCCCUCUGUUACGGCUCAAUCAAGCCGAAUCCGAGCAUCUGAUCGAUGUGUCACGGUACUACAGCAACGAGCUGGCAAACUUUGUCCGCAAGGUGGUACAAAUCAUACCGGAAACGAUGUUUGCCCUGCUCGCCCAAAUCGUUCACCUGCAGACGAACGUGCUGAAGGAAUUGCCGGCCCGGCUAGAGAAGGAACGGAUGAAGGAGUACACACAGUUCGAGGAACGGUUCCAGAUAGCGAAGCUUACCUACACCCUGUCCACCUUUACCGAGGGCAUACUGGCUAUGCAGACCACGCUGGUCGGUGUGGUGCAGCUGGACUCGAGGAAGCUGCUCGAGGAUGGCAUACGGCGGAAGUUGGUACAGAACGUGGCCGAAGCAUUUCAUCAGCAGCUGGUGUUUAAUGCGAAGGUGAAGGAAACGGAACUGUAUCCACGGUUAGAUGCGCUGCACAAGAUCAUUCACGGGUACAGACGUUCGUUCGAGUAUGUGCAGGACUAUCUGAACAUACACUGUAUGCGCAUCUGGAACGAAGAGAUGGCGCGUAUUGUUCGCUUCAAUGUGGAGAAAGAAUGUCAAUCGUUUCUGAAGACUAAACCCCACGAUUGGGAGCAACCGGAUGCAACCGGUGGUGGGGAUCUCGAUAGUGGUUUGGUACCGAUUCCGAUCUACCAGCCAGUCGAUAUGACGUCGAUCAACUUUAUGGGCCGACUGGCCCGGGAGAUACUACGUAUUACUGAUCCAAAAACAACGAUCUACAUCGAUAUUUGCUCCAGCUGGUACGACUACAAAACACACAAGCUGCUGCUGACGAACAAAUUUGCCAAUAAAAUCAACGAAACAUUCGGCCCGGCUGGACUAAUCGGGCUAGAUCGAUUGUACGGUGCGAUGAUCAAAUCGGAACUGGAGCUAAUGAUAAGCACUGUUCAGCGUAAGGUUCAACACGACCCAGGCAACUGGAGCGAUGUGUUGGCGGGCAUUAAAACUGACCUAGAGCGGGCGGACAUUGUAGGCAAUCCGGCCAAAAUAUAUCCCUCGCUCGUCUCGAACAUGUCGCGGUUCUUUAGCACCAGUUCGUUUGGGGAUUGGUUGUUGAAAAUAGGACAGAAGCAAACGCUUCGCUGUCAGCUGGCACUGGAGCUGAACUGUAGUUGCAAAAUCAGGGCCACCAAGCUGGAAGCUUCCCUGAAAUCGUUGAACGUAGCUAUUCUGCUUGAAUUCCAACAGCACCAGCUCAAUGAAACCCAUCCACUGCCACGUGCCGAACUGGUAGCGGAACUUAACACCUACCUUCUGUACGCCGGUCUUUACGAUCCUUACCGGAAGGUGUACAUCAAACGGGAACCGCCGCGCUUUUUACCACUACUGCUCUUCCUGUACCUUACCGGCACCCUGGCCAAGCUGCAGUACAUGGAAAAUGUGGACAGUUUGGUGGCGAAGCGGAAAAAUGAAUCGAUCGAUGGUCAUCCACUUACGGUCGGGCUGCUAACCGUACUGCGGCAGUUUGAUGCGUCCGAAACGGAUCUAUUUCUGCAGUACCUUUGUCAGUACGUGCUGUCCUUUGUGCAUGCCAGUUUGGAAGGGAAAAAUGGUGUAGCAAGUGAAGCUUUGUUUGCCUUACGAUUUUUGGAGAUCUUUACACGAGUCGCUGAUAUACCGAGAAGUUAUCUGGAGCAGUACCUUUCGGCGGUCAUUCUCGACCAGUACAUAUUUGUUGCGGACAUUAAAUGACAAUUGUUUUUCUUCAAGUUGUUCCAAUAAUAUGUAUUCCUUCA